ACCUAAAGAUUGAAGCUUUUUCUUCUGGGUUUGUGUAAAGUUUCCACCUUUCGUCUUCUUUCUGAUCUGUGAGAAGAAAUGGGACAACAGCAAUCUAAAGGGGAAUUGCUGUAUCAGCAAGUGAGUUAUGGUAACUCUGAAGGAAUUCGAACUCUUCAUCGAGAUGGUGGAGACCUUGAGUGGAUGGAUAGAGAAGGAAAAACUGCGUUGAUCUUGGCUUGUAUGAACUCGGAGCUAUAUGAUGUUGCUAAAACUUUGAUUGAGUUGGGUUCUAAUGUUAAUGCUUACCGUCCUGGUCGUAAUGCUGGGACUCCUCUGCACCAUGCUGCAAAAAGAGGUCUUGAGAACACUGUUAAGUUACUUCUUUCGCACGGUGCAAAUCCACUUGUUCUCAAUGAUGAUUGUCAGACACCACUUGAGGUCGCUAGAGUCAAAGGGUUCAGCAAUGUCGUACGUGCAAUUGAGAAACAUAUCUGCUUGUUCUCGGGUUGGAUGCGUGAAUUUUACGGCCCUACCUUUCUCGACUUAUUUGCUCCGCAGCUUCUUUCAAGAAGAGUAUGGGUAGUCAUCGUACCUACUGGUUCAAGAAACCCUACAAAGCCUUUCAAAUUGGAGCUGGUUGUGUAUGCUAGUCUGCAGGAUGCACAGCCACGCACGGUGAUGCCUUUGUGGAAAGCAAACUUGGAAGAACCAAAAGCAAAGCAGUCCGAUACUUCAGUGAUGAUCGUUGAUAACUCCACAAUCCCAAGCCGCAGGAUGAAGAAACGCAGGGUCUGCGCCUCCCACGGGAGACGUAGGCCUCAAGUAGUUAGGCAAACACGUCUUAAACUCGCACCUGCGACUGAAGGUGACAGCCAACAGCUGAAGUGGUUUUGUGAUGCAUGUAAAGGAAUUCCACAGCCGAUGCAUCAACCGGUCUUCCUCCAAACAGCACCAUCUGCUCCACCACCACCAUCAGAAGAUGAACUAGCCAUGGCAAUGAACGCCUCACUUCACACUACUAUGAGUGACCCAUCAAAUCUCAAUCACUAUUCCAUCGGUCAAGCAAGUUCCUCAUCCGGUCCAAGCUCAUCAACCGCACCUCCCUCAGGAAAAGCAAGCGCCUUUGCUUUCAAUAGCCAUGGAAUUGGCAUUGUCCUAGAAUCUUCACCAUCAGCUCCUCCAUUGACAGAUGAUCAUAUAUCAACUGUAGACGAAGGUCCAAUUCAUUACCCAUCGAUCGAUUCAACACCCGUCGAUCUCCCAUCUGCUUCUUCUCUUCCAGCUUCAACAGAAGGUGAAAGGAAAGAAGAUGGGAGCACUGGAACAUGUGCGAUAUGUCUAGAUGCUCCAUCUGAAGCAGUCUGUGUCCCGUGUGGACAUGUCGCGGGAUGUAUGUCUUGCUUGAAGGAGAUCAAAUCCAAGAAUUGGGGAUGUCCCGUCUGUCGCGCCAAGAUCGAUCAGGUUAUUAAGCUGUACCGUGUGUGAAAACAGGUACAAACUCCAUGGGAUUAUCUCUAUGCUCCAUUGUCUGUGAGAUUAAACUUUUUCAACUAUU